CUAUCAGAAGGUGCCGCUCACACCGGGACAAGGGAUACAGCCGAUGAUUGAUCACUACACCGGCCUGCUGCCAGUGUCAUGUGACCACUGUGACCAAUUACAGCAGAUCACAUGACUACUGUAUACAAUGGAUGGUUUCCUUUCAUGCCAUCCAUUGUAUACAUUUGUGUUGUUAGCUGUGAUUGGUCACAGUGGUCACAUGGUACAAGGCUGUUGUGAAUAGCCUUGUUCCAUGUGACCUCUGUGAUCAUUCACGGAU